AUGCCCCCAGGCCCCGAGGUCCCCGUGCAGGUGUGGGUGGACGGCCAACUCUUCCAGGCGGAGCAGUCGCUGCUGGUGGAGCACUGCGGCUUCUUCCGCGGGCUUUUCCGCUCCGGCAUGCGGGAGGCGCGCGCCGCGGAGGUGCGCCUGGGCGCGCUGAGCGCUGCGGGCUUCCGCACGGCGCUGCGGGUGCUGCGCGGAGAGCGGCCGGCGCUGGCGGCGGACGACGAGCUGCUGCAGGCCGUGGAGUGCGCCGCGUUCCUGCAGGCGCCCGCGCUCGCACGCUUCCUGGAGCACAGCGUCACGUCGGACAACUGCUCGCUGCUGUGCGACGCGGCCGCCGCCUUCGGCCUGCACGACGUGCUCCACAGCGCUGCGCUCUUCAUCCGCGACGGGUCGCACGAGCUGGUGGCACAGCUGGAGCUGCCCGAGGCCCGAGCCUACGUGGCGGCGCUGCGCCCCAGCACCUACGUGGCGGUGAGCACGCACACGCCCACACCCGGCUUCCUAGAGGACGCGUCGCGCACCAUGUGCUUCCUGGACGAGGAGGACGACGCGUGGCGCACGCUGGCCGCGCUGCCCCUGGAGGCCAGCACGCUUCUGGCCGGUGUGGCCACCCUGGGCAACAAGCUGUACAUCGUGGGUGGCGUGUGUGGCGCCAGCAAGGAGGUAGUGGAGUUGGGCUUCUGUUACGACCCGGAAGGUGGCACCUGGUGCGAGUUCCCCAGCCCGCACCAACCGCGCUAUGAUAUGGCGCUGGCAGGCUUCGAAGGCCGCCUCUAUGCCAUUGGUGGCGAAUUCCAGAGGACACCCAUGAGCUCCGUGGAGUGCUAUGACCCGGCCACAGGUUGCUGGAGCUUCGUGGCGGACUUGCCACAGCCAGCUACAGGGGUGCCCUGCGCCCAGGCGCGUGGCCGCCUCUUCGUGUGCCUGUGGAGGCCGGCAGAUGUCACUGCCGUGGUGGAGUACGUGGUGCAGAUGGACAAGUGGCUGCCGGUGGCUGAGCUGUGUCGUUCGCAGAGUUACGGUCACUUUAUGGUGGCCCAUCGCGACAGUCUCUAUGUAGUACGGAAUGGACCUUCGGAUGAUUUCCUGCACUGUGCCAUCGAUUGCCUCAACCUGGUCACAGGACAGUGGACCUCGCUACCUGGCCAAUUUGUCAACAGCAAGGGAGCACUCUUCACGUCUGUAGUGCGUGGGGACACCGUUUAUACCGUCAACCGCGUAUCCACGUUAGUCUAUGCCAUUGAAGAUGGCACCUGGAGGCUGCUCAGGGAAAAGGCUGGGUUUCCUCGGCCUGGCUCUUUACAGACCUUUCUUCUGCGGCUGCCUCCUGGCACUACUGGACCUGUGGCCACCGCGCUGCCAGAGUUGUGAGCUUGGAAUGACUUCAGAAGACACACGAAUCUCCUUGAGCCUUGGCUGCGUCCUCGUGAACCUUGGCUGUGUGGGCCUGGAUCGGGGAGCUCUUGCGAGCUCCUUUUUCCGUAUUGAGGCACUCAGGUUUGCUUUCUGGUGGUGCGGGUGUCCACAAAGCCCUGAACAAUGCAGGCGCCUGGGUCCUCAAAUCACUUGGGCUCUGUUGAGAGCUGGUGGGUCACAAUCUCAGGGAAAAGGGUGGGGUUACAAUUUGGACAAUCCAGACUUGUAGUCGGAUACAAGCUAUAGCUAGAAGUGGGUUAAUUAGCAGGCACAAGGCACCAAUACAACGUUGGGCUGUGGUUGUCAGCUGGGGCACAGAAAGCUUGGAGACGAUGCCAGCUUUCUUAAUACAAAGGUCAGGAUGAUAAAACAGGUCUACACGUAAUUGCGUCCACCCACAAACUGACAGCAGCGUGCUGAUUUUAAAAAGCAAAACAACACACGGUGCAAUAAGAAGAGUACUGGAGCAGUCAGCCUGAAAGAGCGGCUUUGGAUCAGAGUCUGAGCGUUCCAAGAAGAGAGAGGGGAAAGACUGGACCCGACAGGGUCCUGGUAAGCUCCAGCAUUUCAAGCAAAACAGAAGGUGGAGGCAUUUCAGCAGUGAGGCUGGACUUAAUUGUAGCAAAUGAAAUUCAGCUGAGCCUGAAGCAAGAAGGUGGGAGGAAACAAGGUUUCCCUACGGUAGCUUUAAGGACGGGAAUGGAAAGGGAGACCCGGGUGUAACUCCUUGACCUAUCUUUUUUGUUAUCACUAUAACAGUAGACUGUUCAUCUCCUGACUUCAGGUUACGUAAGGUGUGUGGAGGAUAGCCUUGCCGAUCUCAGGGCAUUUCUUCCUAGAUGUGCCACAGGCUUUGUCUCUCUUGUCAUCUCUGCUGUGCCUGUUUCCUGAGCCUUUAGUGCUUUCCCUUUGCCUGUUUGUCAUCUCCAUACUCACCUCCUCUCUGCAGGAUUGGCUGAGCCAGCUCCUGUUUUCCUGACCUGGCUGCCAGCAUCCCUCAUUGAUGUCUGUGACAUUCUGUGUUGGACAUGCAGCCGUACCUGUUUGCAGAUAGUAGGCGUACAGGUCCAAUACUUUUGGACCAGGUACCUCCUUGCCUGCGGAAUGAAAUGAUGUCUUACAAGAACUAGUUAGGGGUCUUCUACUGACUCGUGCUGUUAAACAGCUCUUAUCUUAAAACCCAACUUCUAUUACAGAUGCCUGCUUCAGCCCUGCAGCCUGGCCGUGUCUCGGGCAGAUGGCUCUUAGUGGUCUGGUAUAGUCUGCAUCCUUCAGGACUCAAGGCUCAUAGAAAACCUGGGCUUCAGAAGUAGAGAACACAACACUGGCGUGAUACUUCCUGGGCAUGGAGCCUGGUGCUGGGCCAUCGCUUGCUACCUCUUCCCUGAUGUGUAUCCCAAACUUGAAAUAAGUUGCCUUUGGGAGCGUGGAAUCUUUUAGCCUUUGUAAUAGUCUAGUCUGAUGAAUUACAACGAUGAACUCUGACAUUCG